UGUUUAUAUUGUAUUCUUUGUUUAAUUCCUAUAGGUUUUUUUUGUCUUAUUAACCUGUAGGAGUCUGUUAUGAAUGUGAUUUGUUUAGUAGUUUUAGUGUGUCAAGUAAUUUUAUUCUACAAUGUUAAAUAUGAAGAUAUAAAGGGAAAAAGGCAAAAAAAAAAAAAAAAAAAAAAAACCUAAGAUAAUGCAAACACCACCGCCUUCAACCAAACACUGGUCAUACAGUCAAAGUUCUUGACUCUUCUCUCCUGGUUGUGAGUUUGUUCCUCCUUUUUGUGUCUGUUGUGUUGAGUAAGAGGAGAGGGCCAGCCCCAAGAUGCAGUCCUGGCCUGCUGUGUUCGCCUUCAUAAAGGGGAAAGUACCAUCUGGAUUCCUCUUUGUUCUAUACGUACUCAGAUCACAGCAGCACACAGGCAGACAUCAGGACGUCCUCACCAGUUGCACACACUGUGCUCAGGAAGCAAACACACACACUGCUUUGGUGCACAGCAGAGGAAACCCGGGACCUGUGCAGUCAUCAGCUCUUAACAUCUGUCUUCCUCAGGCUCGGCUCGAUCUGAGCUCUGUCGUCUGACUGACAAUGCCGCAGCCAACCCAGCACUCCCUGAUCCGCGUCCUCCUGUUGUGGACCACCGUCCUCUCCAUCAUCCAGACUGUGUUCAUCAUCCUCUUCUUCACCGCUGGACAUCUUGGCCAGUCUCAGAACAGUAGCACUGUAGCACCAGAACGCCAAAUUGAACCCCAGCCAUUCAGUAGGCCCACACCUUCGCCUCCUCCAACUGACGACAGGCUUUUGUUGGGCAAAGGCAAAGUGCUCACCUAUGAGGCUGCUCUAGACACAGACCAAAUCAUAUGGAGGACGAAGGAUGUAAGCAACGGCGUCAUCUCAGGAGAAGGAAAAAAUCUUACAAUACUGAAGGAUGGAUAUUACUUCCUAAGUCUUCAGGUGACACUGAAGACUCCUAAGUGUUCAUUUAAUGGGACCAGGGGAUCAGAGAACAGUCAGUCGGUCAGUGUGACGCUGACAGGAGACAUGACACGAGACACGACAAGAAAAAUUCUCCUGCAGGGUAGGAUCAGCACACACACAUGCAGCACAGGCCUCCUCAGCAAGGCAGAGAAGCUGACUGCUGGGAAGAAACUGACAUUCAACAUCACAUUGCCACCGAGGGAAAUUGAUAACGCUGCACAUCGUACCCACCUGGAUAUCAUCUUCUUUCUAAAACCACAGAUGAUAUGAUGAUAUAUCGCAGAUCACAGAUCUAUAUUUUUAUCAAAUCCCUGGUGUAUUCCAGGGUACCUGUUCAGCUCGGAGUCCUUCUCUGCAGCGAACCCGUUCAGAUGCAAAGAUGGUCGAGUGUACUCGUCCAUCUUGUUACUGAACACUUGUACCAACUUUCACCAGAUUAGAAAAUCAAAUCACUCAACUCUUCCUGGUGUACGAGAUGAGACUGAGUCACAGGGAAGGGAGGAAAGGGCUGGACUCAGUGAAGAUCUUACACCCUCAAAAGAAAAACCUCCCCUUGUUGAAUUCUGCUCUGCUAAAACCAAACUAAACAAACUAAAAAUCAACCUCAAAACAUAAUUUAUUGGAUUAAACGUCUAACUAUAACAGCUCAGGAUUGGUUAAUGCUGACGUCAUCACUACAAGUCUGCUUCUUUACUGUUGUGCUUCACAGACGACUUUUAGAAAUUCACAUUUUAAAACUCAGCUUUUGCAAAAAAAAAAAAAAGGAUAUUUUUUUUACUUGUGAAGCAGAAAAAGCUUAGAAAAGCUAAAGUUGGAUUGUUUUCCUUCUUCUCUGUGAUCAAGAAACACAUUUUCAGACAGUAGAUCAGACGUUCAGUGUCGGGCGGGGGUCUAUGGCUAUAUAAUAAAUAAUAUUGUGAUUUUUUUUUUUAGGCUGAGUCAGGAUGCACACUGGAUAUCAAUAUUUUUAAGUCUCCUCAAAAGUACCUCAUAAAUGCUAAGACAAACUGAAAUACCAUGAUAUAUUUCACCAAAUACCUUGACAUCAAUAUUGUGACAAUAUUAAGGAUGACUAUUGGUAAAAUAUUAACGCAAUCAAAUAUUUGAUGAAUAAUCAUCACUAAUUUGUAUAUAAUUAUAAUGUUGGUGUAGGCAAAAAAAAACAGUGUGAUAAGCUCAAAAAAUGACAUUACUUUACUGUUACGCACCUUCAAAACCAGGAAAAGCAACACUUGCUUGUGCUGUAUCACGAUAUAACGAUAUCCAAAAUCUAACAGGAUAUUUAUUGUCUCAUAUCGCGAUUUAAUAUCAGUAGUUUGUCCAGCUCUGAUCUUAUUUGACCACUGAAAUUGCAUUUCUUUGCUGGAGUUUUCUACGUUUCAAAUGUGCAGUAAUUGACGGCAUUGUGAAUGUAUUAUUCUGAACGACCACAUCAGUGAACAGAACUGUGUCGUUUGCACAGCUCGUAUCUGCUACUCCAUGAUUUACUUCUUGUUUAUUUGAAAUAUAUUGAUUUUCUAUUUAUGUUGUAUUUAUUUAUUGUUUGGGCCUAAGAUGCAGUACGUUGCAGUAAUAUAUACAAUGUUGUAUUUAUCAAAUUUCCACAGAGAGGUCAGCAGCUAUUGAAUGAAUGUAUGUCACUGUGUGACAGUGUAUGUCAUUGUAUGUCAUACAAAUUAGUGAGUCGCUGGAAUUAUUUUACAGUUUUCUUUAUUGAUUUUUGCAAUAUUGCAGCUAAAAUGAUUCAAAUGUGUUUAGGGGAAAAAAUAACCAAAAUUUACGGCAACACUUCACAAAAACCUUCAUUAAUAAAUUCUAAAUGUAUAGUUAGUUAAACUUUAGUUAAUAUUGUUUCACUGAAGCUUUAUGAAUCAGUCAUUAUUGAUUAGUUAUUGGUAAGUUCCAACAGAUGUUUCUAAUUCUCUGUAAAUGGUUAAUACCAUUAAAUACUGUGUCGUUCAUCUAUAAACAUUAUCUGGAUUAUAAAGUUGCAACUGAUGUUUAUAAACACUUGCAGUUGCUUAACAAACAGCUUAUUGAGCAAUUCAGUUCUUGUUCGCUGUGAAAUAACUAUUAACUAAAGUUUGAUUAACUUUUCGUUUACCAUUUUAAAAUGAUGAUUAUUAUAAAGUGAUAGAUAUGAUUGAUUUGUUUAGACGCGGUGUCAUUCUCAUUGUCUUUUCCCAGCCUGUAAUAAUUUAAAGAAGAUUCACUGUUACAUACAUCAGUAUUCUAUUCUCGUCCUCUGAAUUUGUAACGAAAAAGUGAAAUGAUUUGACUGAGAAUCCUCCUUCGCAACUUGAAUUGCGCGUUGUGACACAUGAAAUCACGACUCGAGGUGGUUUACGCGGAGAGUUUCGUGUGUUAAGAGAUGCUGAGAGAAGGAUUUGGUUUCUUUCAAUGAUUUUCAGUCGUUAAGUCCUUGAAGAUGAUUAGUAU